AAAAGUAUACAGUUACAGGUAGACAAAGUGGAUGACUACAAAUUGUUGAAACGAAGUCUUUGCUGGUUUGUUAUUUAACGUUGUGAAGUUAGUUUUGACGGUGAAAGUAUGAAGUCAUUACGUGCUGUGUUAGUGAUAUUCAUUAUUGUUUACAGCAAGUUGAGUCCAUCGCGAAGUGUGGUGAGCCGGGCGCCCCCGCCGGCCGCGCCCGCGCCCCGCAGCACCGUCAGCGUCGAGCAGCCCGCCAGCGCCAGCACACACGAGCUGCAGCAGCGCCUGCACGAGCUGCGGGCGGCGCGCGCGCAGUACGGCGCGGUGAGCGUGCCGCGGGUCGAGCUGAGCGACGGCGCCCGCAUGCCGGUGCUGGCGCUCGGCACCGCCAAUCUGCCGCCCGAGCUGGUGACGGCGGUGGUGUCGGCCGCCAUCGAGCUGGGCUACCGCGCCGUCGACACCGCGCCGGUUUACGGCAACGAGCGGGAGGUGGGCCGCGCCCUGCGAGACAAGAUAGCUGACGGCACUGUCACUCGGUCGGAGCUGUUCAUCAUCAGCAAGCUGUGGAGCACCAGCCACCGGCGCGACCUGGUGGAGCCGGCGUGCCGCCGCUCGCUGGAGGCGCUGGGCCUGGACUACGUCGACCUGUACCUGAUUCACAACCCCAUGUCCUUCAAGGAAGGUCCAAACCCCAUACCCAAGAUAGCCAACGUGCUCCAGUACUCCGAGCACGACUACCUGGAGGCCUGGUUCGGCAUCGAAGGCCUCGUGAAGAAAGGCCUCGUCCGCAGCGCGGGCCUCAGCAACUUCAACUCCGUGCAAGUGGAGCGGGUGGUGGAGAAGGGCAGGAUCAAGCCAGUCAUCAAUCAGGUGGAGUGUCACCCGUACCUGUCGCAGCUGCGGCUGGAGGAGUUCUGUGCGGCGCGCCGCGUGCGGCUGAGCUGCUUCGGCGUGCUGGGCUCCAAGGGCACCCCCGGCGACUACACCAGCGGCCUGGCGCCCGCCAUCGACGACCCCCUCGUCACCGUGCUGGCGGCCGGCCUGGGGGUCACGCCGGCGCAGCUGCUCAUCAGCUACCAGUUACGCCUGGGCCGCACUGUGGUGGUGAAGAGCUCGCGCGCGUCGCACCUGUCGCAGGCCGCCGCCGCGACAGUCGCAGCGCCGCUGGACUCCGCGACUGUCGCGGCGCUGAGUGCGCUCAACAGAAACAAGAGGAUCUUCACCUUCAAAGGAAUGGGCGACACACACAAGAACUACCCAUUCAGAAUUCCAUUCUGAUUCAGCAACGUGACGAUCCUGUAGUAGGAUACUGUAGCGCCAUACUACACUAACAAAAUACUAUUUAAAACAUCAGUUCUUGAGAAAUUACAGUUUUUUGUAAAAAAGAAAAAAUAACCAUCCUGCGUAAGCCAGACAUGCCUCAUUGUAUGAAGUGUAAACUGUAAGUUUGUCAGCGCACACUCCUGCCGUAGGUAAGGUAGGGAUGAUGACAGUUUUUUAAAUUGUAUAUAAAUCAAGAGUACGCUAAUAGUAAAGCAAUUUUGUAAAAGGAACAGGGUAUCUGCGAUCAUUACUUUCGGAGCUACAGGGAUUUAAAGAGUCAGAUUUGCGGCGCUGCCGCGGAUCCCUGAAAAACGCCCCAUACAAAAUGGCUCGAAAAAAUGACGUCAUAGGCAAUGUAAUGAUCGUUAGAUUUGUAUGCGCGUUCAAACAAAAUUACUAAUAUCUUUGUUAUUUGUGCGUUUAUCUUUAUAGUUCAUAUAUUAAAAAAUGUCACAUUUAAUGUAAGGAAGCUAAAACUGUAUGAAUUUUCAUCUAAUUACGAUAAAAAAAAUUUAAUAGUUUUUGAAAUUUUAUAAUCUCAUUUAUUUUGCAAAUAUCCAGACAAUCUUUGCUUUUUAUGUAUAAAUUAGUUAACAUUGACCCUCUUUACCCGAAUGUAUCAUAAAAAUCAAUAUAUUCAAACCUAGUCAUCAUCCCCAUUAUUUAUUAUUCUUAUCAGCUAAUCUUGCGACGCUCGGGUAACGUUUAGCAUCAUGGAGUCUCCUGCCAUAGAAUAUAGAUUCUAUAUUUACCUCUAGUUGUGUAAUUUUGACAUGUGUUUUAAGAGAAACGCACAAAUUAACCCACUUUCGCGCAAGAUGUUCCAAACUUACGAGAAAAUAGGUACUCGUAUGUAACUAACUAACCGCGAGCGCUCGACGUUUCGACGUAAAAUUAAAGUCUGCGGGAGUCAGACAUACCUCAGUAGACUGAGUUUGUCAGCCCAUGCUAGUACCAUAGGGUCUAGAUUCUACAUUGUCGAAGUACUUGUAUAGAACGUAUUUUUUUAAUAUUUUCAAAGGGUCGUCGCGAAGUUAAGUGACUGGUAUCUUGAAUAUGAUACCUCAUGAUAAUUCCGUAGAAUAUAUCAAUAACAUUAU